GUUUAGUAAGUUGGCAGGCCCGUUAAAAAGCUAUUUAUUUCGCCACAAGAAAAACAAUGAGCCAGGAAUCUGGAGUUGCUACCACCAGGAAAUGGGCGAUUGUGGCCGCGGGAGUAGGAUUAGUUUAUGUUCUGGUGAGGAACAGGCAGUCGCUGCUGGGUCCACUGCGUCGGGUUUGGCACUACGGCAGUCCGCUACCCCAGCGUCACAUAGAAGUGCUCAACUCCGUCCAGGAAACAACUACACAAUGGGUUUUGAAUGAACUGAAGAAUCACUGCCAGACUUUUAAAGUUCUCGGAUUUGACUGCGAAUGGAUCACCGUGGGCGGGAGCCGGCGACCUGUGGCCCUGCUGCAACUCAGCUCCCAUCGGGGUUUGUGCGCCUUGUUCCGCCUCUGUCACAUGAAACAAAUACCCAAGGGCCUUAGGGAGUUGCUCGAAGACGAUGCGGUGAUCAAAGUGGGUGUGGCACCGCAGGAGGAUGCCAUGAAGCUUUCCCAUGACUACGGAGUGGGCGUGGCCAGCACCCUGGAUCUGCGCUUCCUGUGCGUUAUGGCGGGCCACAAGCCAGGAGGAUUGGGCAAGCUCUCCCAGACACAUCUGAACUAUACACUGGAUAAGAACUGGCGCCUGGCCUGCUCCAACUGGGAGGCCAAGGAGCUGGAGCCAAAACAGCUUAAUUAUGCUGCCAAUGAUGCCCUGGUGGCAGUGGCCAUUUAUCAAAAGCUGGCCAGGGAUUUGGAACCCAAAUAUUUCUGGCAACGUCGGUCACUGAACGAUGAUAGCCUGCGCAACAAAUUCGAGCCCUUCCUGGACGUGGACUUUACCAAGGGCUUUUCACUCAGCCUGACCGGAAGUGGAGCCACUCGCUCAAAGAGUUGUGGUCCAUCCAAAAGCAAAAAAUGGCUGCCAAAGAAGCAACCAUUCCGGCAAAUGGGCACGCGAUCCAAGGACUUCUAUGACAACUGCCUGCUCCAGGCGCCCGAUGGCGAGCUCCUGUGCACAAUUGACCGGCGCAAGGCGUCCUGGUAUCUCAACCAAAACCUGGGCACGCAGAUUAGUGAGGAGCCCUUUACCGUUCGCCUUAAUUUCGAACCAGCGGGUCGAGCGGUAGGCGAUGUAGGUCGCUACUACCAGACGCCCAAAGAAAACCAGUGCGUAGUAUGCGGCGAUCGAGAUGCCUACAUCCGAAAGAAUGUAGUGCCUCGGGAAUACAGAAAGCAUUUUCCCAUGGUCAUGAAGUCUCAUACCUCCCACGACGUGCUCCUCCUUUGUCCCACCUGCCACCAGCUUAGCAACAUCUCGGAUCUUCGAGUGCGGACGAAACUUGCCGUCCAGUGCGAAGCUCCUUUUAAGUAUGGAGACGGAUCCGUCAAGUUCCGCGAUGAUCCGGAGCUCAAACGCGUUCAAUCCGCUGGCAAGGCACUGCUCUACCAUGGCACAAAGAUACCGGCUGCUAAGGUGGCCGAUAUGCAGCGAACCCUUCUCGAAUUCUACUCUGAUCAAACGGAGGUCACGGAGCAGCUUCUGCGGCAGGCGGCCAGCGUGGAAUACCGCGUGGAGAACGCCGACUACUGCCAGCACGGGGAGCGAGUAGUGCAGCAAUAUCGCGACAAGUUCGGCGGUCUCGUGGAGCUGGAGCGACUGUGGCGAGAGCACUUUCUGCACGCCAUGCAGCCCCGCUUCCUGCCCGAACUCUGGAACGUCAACCACAACGCCGAUCGGCUGGAGGUCCGGGCUAGCGAGGGACGCGUGGAUGAAGCUGAUCUUCUGGUGGCCGGAUUGGAUGCGAAGGUUAAAGUCAUAUGAUGCAGGGUCUUUUUGAGUUUGCCGCCGGCUUUGUACGUUGUAUAUUUCAAUUUCAAUAAAAAUAAACUAAAAUUUGA